AUUUUUUAUUUUUGAAAUAGUUAUAUAGUGUGAUGAUAAUAACAUUGUUAUCACAAUGUCAACUAUGAGCAGCAACUCAGCCAUUUUCUUAUUAUUCUUAUGUGGAAUCCAAUAUGCAACAUGCUUUGUUACCUUGCGAAUGGGUGGAAGUAUGGCCCAACCACCACAGCCACAACCCGAGUUAUCCCCACACGGUUCAGUAAGCAAUCACCAAAAUGGCGGGAUUUCAUCAUCUGACGACGAAUAUUUUCAUCCGAGACAGCUACAUCCUAUAACUCAAAGCCAGAUUUUAACUUGCCCGCGAGUUGAUGACGUUAUUCGGACAAAUACCGAAGGCAAAUGUCCACGCGGAUGGGUAAAUGAGCCUGCUUGUGACACGCCUGACCACAGAAAUAUUGGUUCAUGUAAAUGGAAGAAAGACACCGAAUUUGAAAUGCCACUCAGGUUAGCAACUUUUCGUGGACUUCUAUGCAAAUCGAAACGUAUGAAGUGUUUGAAACAAAUCGGAAUAAUACCGGGCGACACAGAAUUACUACACCUUCCCAGGAACUCGUUUUCUGACAAAGCAGAGCUUGCUGAAACGAUGGCACAUCUGAAAGACGUUGUAGCUGUGAACUUUGCAAGGAACAAUUAUCUACUGCUAUCCCCCAAGACUUUUCAAAAAAAUGUAUGUCUUCGUUCUGUAAAUUUUGACAUGAAUUUUUUGCUUGACAUUCCUGAAAGUCUUUUCUUUACAAACAAACAACUGACUUCAGUAUCAUUUGUUGGAAACAAGUUAGAUUUUCUACCACCAAGAUUGUUUUUCUGGAAUCCACGUCUGAUUAUUGUCAACUUUGAGCGAAACAAUAUCACCCUCCUGCCCAAGGAAGUGUUCCGCAGAAACCGUCGGCUGGAAGUCGUUCGUUUUACCGGAAAUUCGUUGCCUGAUAUUCCGCAAGGUUUAUUUUCUAUGAACCCGUUCCUGCGUGAGGUUGGUUUGUCGCAUAAUCGUAUCUCGGUAGUACCAAAGAUGCUUUUCCGUAACACAAGAAACCUGAGGGAGCUAUCUCUCAGUGGAAACAAACUCAGAAACCUACCGGCAGAUCUGUUCGAUAACUGUCGAGAACUUCGCACGCUAACAUUAGAUCGCAAUUUGAUUACAAACUUACCGUCAAGAUUGUUUGACAGAAAUCCCAAGCUUUCUCACGUAGACAUCAGUUACAACCAGCUUCACAUUAUAAACCCAAACCUAUUUGUUAACAACCCCAUUGUGGCGGUUGUCAAUAAGAAAUGGGGAACCAAAAAGGGACACUUUGAAGAAGAAUACAAAAAACCAAGCACACCACGCACAAUAGAUAAAAUUAGCGGAACUCACUUUUACAGAAAAAACGUUGCUCUUUGGUGAAGCUUCACCAAACGAAGAGAGUACCAUAGGUUUACCGGGUCUGCCAAGCUGGCAGUCGGUUACUAGGCCGAUACUACUAAGUAGCUGGGGUAGUUGCCAGAUUUAUUAUUCUGUGGCGAAUGAGUGAACAAAUAUGCCCGGACAAUCUCAAACGAGACUGAGAUUGGUUUAUAUUCUAACAAAUUUGCAAUCAAAUUCCCCGUAACUUUCAUAACGCUUACUGAUAUUUCAGAACUCAAAUAUUAGUUUUGCACUAUAAAUUACUGUAACAACUUUUUUUGUGCGAAUAUUAUCAGAGAAUAUUAUUUGUAUAUCAUCCUACAUAUAUUUGUAUGUGACUGCUCUACAGGAGAGUGUAUUUUCAGACUCAAUGCUAAAAUUGUAUCUAGCACGCUGUUAUAUUAUAUUUUGAAAGGUAACGGAAAGUACUAUACGUUGUUCGUUUAUCAGAUACAAAUUCAUAAGCUAAAUAACAAGAUGCUCAAUAUAUUUGCCAAUCCGUUUUUUUAUCUAAUCUUGACUACUUAAAACAGAAAUUUGAUUUUGCUGUUACAAAAAUAGGGAUACGUUUGAAUUAUUAACAAAAAUGGAAAAACAAAAUAAAAGCUUGAGAAUUUAGCACUUCAAAAAUGAACAGCAAACUUUGUUUUCAAAUUAACCGAAUACGCAUGAUUUCUGUUAUUUCGGGAUUAAGAUUUACUAUUGCAAAUUUAUCUUUAUUAUUUUAUUUACUAUUUUAAAAUAGUUUAGAAUUACUUAUGAAUAUUUAUUUUUAUACCGUUAGUAUUGCUUCAUAUAUUU